GGCCACCAUCGCUCCCACCACUAUCUUCCAUCGCCAACCUGCUAAAUCCCAACCACUCUUUCUACUGCCGGACCUCAUCCAUGCCGGAUAGUGUCUUUUAAUACCUCUGCCCGCAUCUCGUAUCAUGCUUUUUUGGGCUUCUCUCCCAGAAUGUGCGAUGGCGAUUCUUGACCAGUACCGCUCGCCCCCCAGAGCAUGAAGCACCCGCCGUGCCCGACGCUAAAACCCCGUGCAACGACAGUCGCCCUUUUCAGUGAUAUAGUGAUAUUUCUCUCUCUCUCUCUCUCUCUCUCUCUCUAUCUCUCCCUCUCUCCUCACGAGAUCCUUGCUUCAUUUUGUAUAUGUGUGGACGUCACUUCGCCUCAAUACAAUUUAUAUAGCUUCUACCCGCACACAAGCUCACCAUAUUCCAUACUCAUCGCCAGCCCACCCUCCUCUAUCGGACUGACACGCGCUUUAUCGCACGGCAUUUUACGAUCUUUCCUCUCCUAUCAUUGCUGAUACCCUUGUGGCGAAGAGUAUUGAUGUUGUUCCUCCUCGCCUAACAUUGCGAUAACUGCGCCGACCGGCCGCUUUUUUGUCAACGGCUACGGAAUAUUUAGGAUAUAUUGAAACAUGGCUUUCCAGGGUGGCGAGCUGCCGGAAGGCAGGCGUAGCUCAGAGAGCUCUGGAGGAAAUAGUUGGCUAUCCCAGGAGACAGUUAAAGACAAUCAAACCAACCGCUACCAGCGAAAUCAUGCUAUGUUGAAUGGUCGUCUUAUUUCCCCGUUCACUGGGUUCGCGAAAAUGGAUAGGCCUAAUUCGCAGGGUCGAAAGCAGCCGCCCAGUUUGGGAGCUCCAAAUGACUUGUCCACGUCAACAUUCACCUGGCCUUCUCCAGACGUAUCCCCGACAGAUAAACGCAAGGAUUCAGGAUUCACAGGUCACCGGAAAUCUUCGGCUACUAUAGGACCGGAUGAUCCUGGCCCUCCGCCGACCUCCAGUUCGAGCCCCCGACUAUCAUAUCCGAACCCCAGUGAAUUGGAUUAUUUUCAACAAGACCCGAAUGCAUCAUUUUCUUCUUCCCCCAAGAUGUUACCAGGAGAUGGCCAUGGUACAUUUUUCCAGGAUUAUUCGGAGCACGAAGCAUCGCCAGCAUCGGCUACCUUUCGCCCUGGGACAGGACGCACCUACGCGAGUGAACCUGUAGAUUUAGAUUAUAAUGGGGAUCAUCGACGGCCAUCUGUUGCUAGCGCCACGACUGUUAGCAGCCAAGGUUCCAAGUCUAGUACAGGCGGUCGGUUUCGGAAAAAACUGCAAGGAUUCUUUGGCGAUGAAUACGUAUCUGGCGAUCCAAAACUGGAGUCCGAUAACGGCGUUCAGCCUCCUUCGAUAAGAUCAGCGCUGAACGAGCAGCGCAAAUUUCGUGAGAGGGCAAACUCGGAUGGUGCACGAAGUCCACCGCCAAGGCUCCCUGGCGAAUCUUCACCACAACGCCCUAGACCUCGGACCCCUCUUCCUUCUAGUGAAAUCACUCCUUGGGUAUUCCAAAGCUUUAAUGACAUCCCGCAAUAUGGCGAAGCCCCUGUACAUGAAGCUCCUAUAGGAGCCGAUGGCCGCCGGGCUGCCGCCCAGAUCGCUAGAUGUGCGCAAAGAGACCAAAGCCGACGACAAUUUAGUGGUCACCGUCAUUCUCGCAGUAAAGAAGAAAAACCAACUGUUGCCGGCGAUCUGGCGGGGUAUCCAGCCCGCCCAGCAACGGGGCGUGAUGAUCUUACUCUCGGUCUGCGACCCUCCAGGGAAGGUAGUCUCAACAACUCAGCAAUGAACUCAACGUCUACUCUUGUUCGCUCGACUAGUCCUACACCGAGUAUUCAGAGUGCUCACUCUCGGGAACAAGGUCAAAGCUCUCCCGGGGCCCAAGUGCCGAAUAAGCGAUCGAUAUUAGAUAAAAUCCGUCGACCGAAGGGUCAUGGUCCUUUGAAACACUUUCCUGGGGCUAAGGGAGCACAAGAAGCCACUAAAAGUUCCUCAAAACUCGCGCGACGAGACGCCUCCCCUGCUAGGAGAGGGCGACAGGGAAGCCUUGAAGGUGCAACUACCCCUAGAACUGGGGAUGAAUCGGACCGGAAAAAAGACGGCAGAGGCCUGGCUAUCGGCUCCGCCAAACUACGAGGUCGUCGAGUCUUGGGCACCGAUACGCCCAUAAGAGAUGCCAAAUCAUCAGAAGAGCAAGAAGGCAUGUAUGAGCUUGAUACUGACCUUUCACACAUGGAGGGUAUUGUCAGGAAACGAUCCCCGCAGCCAACAGUUGACAGUAAUCAGCUAGUCGACGGGAAUUCGAAGGAAAAUGAGGAAUGGAGGAAGCGCGAUGGACUGUCUACUGGCCACUGGGAUGCUCCAGAGAGUUGGCACGUUAGGAGACAUGGUGAUGAGAAUACUGCUGUGCUUCCAAGCGGAGAUACAGAAGCUGCUCGUACUGUGCCUGAACCAGACGGCGCUCCCUAUUUCAUUCGAGUCUUCCGUAUUGACUCUACUUUUGCCACUCUAUCGACCGGCCUAAAUGCCACUGUCGCCGAUAUCCUGGUCAUACUUGGUCGGAAAUCGUUCCUUACAGAGCAUCUCAACAAUUAUGAGAUCGUAAUGCGAAAGAAUGAUCUAUCUAGGCAGCUUGAUCCGACAGAAAAGCCAAUUCUCAUGCAAAAGCAAAUGCUUGAACAAAUUGGGUAUACUGCGAAAGAUAGGCUCGAGGAAAUGGGCCGUGAGGACCAUAGCUAUGUGUUGCGCUUUACGUUUCUUCCAACAAAGCUAAGCGGCCUGAGUAGUCUCCAGGGCGAGCCAGGCUUCAACCGCUAUCAAAAGUUUAGCAAUGUGGAUCUCCAAGGCCGGAGUCUUGUCACCAUCCCCAUCACUCUCUACAGCAAAGCUUCUGAAAUCAUUUCACUAAACCUGUCAAGAAACCUGGCUUUGGAUGUCCCAAAAGACUUUAUCCAAGGUUGUAUCAACCUGCGCGAACUCAAGUUUAUAGGGAAUGAAGCCCUCCGUUUGCCUGCUAGUUUCAGUCUUGCGAGUCGGUUGACUUACCUUGAUGUCUCGAACAACUACUUGGAACAGCUCGAUCAUGCUGGCCUUGAUAGGCUUCAAGGUCUUGUCAGUAUAAAAUUAGCAAACAACAAGCUUACAGCGCUUCCAAGCUACUUCGGAAACUUUGCGUACUUGAGAAGUUUAAACAUAUCCUCAAAUAACUUCCGGAUCCUACCCGAGUUCCUUUGCAAUCUCAAGAGCUUAGUGGACCUCGAUGUCAGCUUCAACAAUAUAGCCGAGAUGCCUUGUAUUGGGAAAAUGACGACCAUUGAGCGAAUCUGGAUGACGAAUAACGUUUUGAGAGGCCCCUUGGACAAAUCUUUCAACGAUCUCGUCAACUUGAAGGAGAUCGAUGCGAGGUUUAAUGAAAUCACCAAUAUUGACAACCUAUCCCAGUUACCGCGUUUGGAACAGUUGCUGAUUGGCCACAAUGCGAUUUCAAAAUUCAGAGGGUCAUUUCCGAGACUGCGGAUUUUGCAACUGGACCAUUGUCCAAUGACACAGUUCGACAUUGACGCCCCUAUGCCCACCCUCACUUCACUCAACAUAGCUUCUGCAAAGCUGGUCCAGCUUCGGGAUUCCCUGUUUGAGAAAGUGCCAAAUUUGACCAAACUUAUACUGGACAAGAAUCAUUUUGUGUCUAUGUCGUCCCACAUCGGCAAGCUCCGGAGGCUCGAGCACUUCAGUAUGAUAAAGAACCCGCUCGAUGCGCUUCCUGCAACCUUUGGGUGCUUAUCAGAUCUGAGGUACCUUAACCUCAGGGAGUGUAAUCUGAGUCGGUUGCCCCCAGAGCUUUGGAAUUGCACCAAAUUAGAAACUCUUAAUGUGUCAUCGAAUGUAUUAGACAGUUUUCCGAAGCAUGGUUCUCCGAUGCCUCAAAUCCCUGGUGAGCCGGUAGUUGGCACUCCAGGAGCGUCAACAACCAGCUAUGAAGAGUUAGGCCCAGUUGAAGAGGAAGAAGGCCGUCGUCCUAGUCAAGCAUCUGGCAGCGUCCUCAGCACUGGGGGCUCACCAAACGGUGCCGGGGGUUACCGAAAGCCUUCAGUCGCAUCUUCCCUAGGUCAAAGCGGUAGGAAGGUGUCCACAGCGUCAAGGUCGCUGAAUGAAGGAAGUCCAUCCUCCAGGAAGGACUCGAGCUUCUCACAGCUCGCGACAACUACGUUUAGCGGAUCUCUGAAGAAUCUAUUCCUAGCCGAUAAUCGGCUGGAGGAUGACAUUUUUCGAGAGCUAUCGUUGCUCACAGAGCUGCGUGUUGUGAACCUUUCUUACAACGAGUUAACCGAGCUGCCUCAGGGUCUUCUGAGACGUUGGCAACACCUGACCGAGUUGUACCUCUCGGGUAAUGAGCUAACCUCACUUCCAUCCGACGACCUUGAAGAAGGUAGCAAUCUCAGAGUCCUUAAUAUCAAUGCAAACCGGUUCCAAGUUUUACCAGCAGAACUAUGCAAAGUCAGUAGACUUUCCAUUCUGGAUGUUGGGAGCAACUCUUUGAAGUACAACAUAUCUAAUUGGCCCUAUGACUGGAAUUGGAACUGGAACCGAAAUCUGAAGUACCUGAACUUCUCCGGAAACAAGCGCCUGGAGAUCAAACCGCACGUUAAUUCGUUGGUGGGGCCGCCGGUGAACAAUGGAACUGACUUGACCGAUUUCAAUUCCCUUACUUACCUGCGGGUACUGGGUUUGAUGGAUGUUACUCUUACAACUCCGACUAUUCCCGAAGAACAUGAAGAUCGCCGUGUGAGGACAUCCGCAUCAUUAGCUGGCUUUCUUGCUUACGGUAUGGCCGAUUUCCUCGGCAAAAGUGAACACCUUUCUAUCAUUGAUAUGAUUGUGCCACGUCUGAAGCCAGACAAUGUGGAGACGGUUGUGGGGAUGUUCGAUGGACAAAGUCAGUCUACCGGAGGUUCUAGGAUCGCUAAGUUUCUACAUGAAAAUUUCCUCCGUACUUUCUCUACCGAACUACGCAGACUGCGACGAAAUGUACAGGAGACGCCGUUGGAUGCACUGCGGCGGGCAUUCUUGGCCUUGAACAAGAACAUGGCAGGGGCUUGCUACAAAAAUAUAAAUGAUCAAGAUGUCCGGCGAUACCACGAUGACGCACCGGACCAAAAGGGCUUGCGGCUUACCAAAGACGACAUUGUAUGUGGCGGAGUCGCAACUGUGUUGUACCUCCAUAAUAUGGAUCUGUAUGUCGCUAAUGUAGGAGAUGCCCAAGCAAUUCUUGUUAAAUCUGAUGGCUCCCUGAGACAACUGACCCGAGUCCACGACCCCGCUGAGCCCCAAGAAAGGGCAAGAAUCCGGGCUGCUGGAGGUUAUGUCUCUCGCAAUGGGAAACUCAACGAUGUCCUUCCCGUGUCGAGAUCCUUUGGUCAUUUUCAUUUGAUGCCCGCCGUUAUUGCGGCUCCUCAUACUCUUCAUGUUAACCUAACCGAGCAGGACGAGAUGAUCAUUUUGGCAUCGAGAGAACUCUGGGAUUUCGUAACGCCGGACCUAGUUGUUGACGUAGCAAGGGCUGAGAGGAGAGACCUAAUGAUCGCAGCUCAGAAGAUAAGGGAUCUGGCUAUCUCGUUCGGAGCCAACAACAAACUCAUGGUUAUGAUCCUUGGCGUUGGCGAUCUAAAGAAACGUGACAGACAAAGCAAGCUGAGAGGCACAAGUCUCUCUCUGGGUACGCCUGAUGAACAGAUCAUUCCUAGCACAAAGCGCACCAAGAAACCGCGUGAUAUGCCUGGAGACUCCAGACUAGCUCGUUUCGACUAUGUGGAUGCUCCUGUAGGAGAAUUAGCUAUUAUCUUUACGGAUAUCAAGAAGUCAACCAGCCUUUGGGAGACUUGCCCCGAUGCAAUGCGCUCUGCGAUACAAAUCCACAAUGACAUCCUUCGUCGACAGCUAGGUAUCGUUGGCGGAUAUGAAGUCAAGACCGAAGGAGAUGCUUUUAUGGUUGCCUUCUCCACAACCACGGCCGCUUUGCUCUGGUGCUUCAAUUGCCAAAUGCAGCUCCUUGAAGCAGAAUGGCCGACGGAGAUUCUUGAACAAUCCCAGUGUCAAGUUCAGUAUGAUAUGGACAACAACGUUAUCUUCCGGGGACUUUCUGUCCGCAUGGGUAUACACUGGGGCGAGCCUGUCUGUGAAAAGGAUCCUGUGACUGGCCGCAUGGACUAUUUUGGGCCAAUGGUGAACCGUGCCUCUCGUAUCUCUGCUGUUGCGGAUGGCGGGCAGGUUUUUGUGUCCUCGGAUUUCAUGAGCGAUAUCCAACGUAACCUAGAAGUGUUUGCGGAUAGCGAACGUGCGGCUUCGACUGGUUCAGAAGAAGGGUAUGCGGUGGAUAAUCUGGGGUACAACAUUCGUCGCGAACUCCAACAACUUAAUAGUCUCGGUUUCGUAAUCAAAGACCAAGGAGAACGGAAAUUGAAGGGUCUUGAGAAUCCCGAGCCCCUUUACCUCAUUUACCCUCAUACUCUGUCGGGACGAUUAAGUAUUAUGGAAAAGGAUGCGGCAAGUGACAAGAACGUCCCAACAACUAUCAGCAAGCACUCCCAGCUAGAAAUCCAAACGGACCUUAUCUGGCGCCUCUGGGAAAUUACUCUCCGCCUGGAGAGACUCUGUGGUGCGCUGGAGUACCCGGGCGAAGCAUGGCUGAAGGAGCCGAACGUGGCGCUUUUCAAUGUUGUUAAAAACCACGGAGGGGAGCUUGCUGACUCGACUGUGGUCAGCUUGGUUGAACAACAAGUGACUCGUAUUGAAGUGACCGUCAAUACCCUUGCGAUUCGGAACAUGCUACGGCCAUUCAGACCCCAUGACCGACUCAACGAUCAUGCCGUGCCAAUCGGGGAAGUGUUGCAAGAAUUGCAGACCCAACUUGCAGAAUACAGGGCUCUUAAGGAGCAAAAUGCUGUCAGUGCUGCUGGCAUCACUGGCAGGAGUCCAACUUACACGGGGACAGACUUGGCAUCUCUCAAGGACAGCACUAGCUCUGUAUCGUCGUCCUUUCUUCAGAUGAGCAUCCCUGCUGAUGACGUGAACAGCUAAUUGCUUUUGUACUCACACCUCGCAUUUCUUUACGUAUCUCUUUUUCUUUUUUACCUACCCUACCUAAUCUCACCUUUUCUCGUUUCUGCCUCUUUAUCUACUGCUGAGCGGUGCCUCAUGGGUUGGUUGGAUAGUCAGCGUUCAGAAGCAUUGACAGGAGCUAAGGUGGCCAUUGCUUUUCCUGUAUCCCAAUUUACUUUCGAUUGUAGUUGAUCUGUCAGUACAGACAUGAUAAUGAACUGGUUUCACAUCUGAUUACAUCUGCACUCUUAGGUUGAACUGAUGAUACUGCUUCCUUCUUUACGUGUUCCUAUCAAGCCAUAUAACACCCAUCAGGGGCUCUUUUAGAUGUUCCUAUCUAAUGCUCUCUGGCAUUUUGCCGUCCUACAAAUAUCGCCUGGUUGCCUUGACGCCACUUAA